AUGGCUUCCACUAUGGAUGCCCUCAGAGACCCGGAAAAGGAUUGCCCAACAUACGACCCUACACAUGUUGAAGGACAACAGACUGCGAUAUAUGUUCAACUGGUCCUUUCACUAACUCUCGGUGUGUCUGCUUUCCUUGGAUUCUGUAUUUUGCGACCAAAAUGGAAGAGUUUAUAUGCUGCGCGCAAACGACAUGUUGAUGCUGCUGCAAAUCUGCCAGAGCUUCCGGAUACCUUUUUUGGCUGGAUUCCUAUUUUGUAUAGAGUCACAGAAGAACAAGUACUUGCAUCUGCUGGAUUGGAUGCAUAUGUUUUCCUAUCAUUUUUCAAGAUGUCAAUGAAACUAUUCGGGGUCAUGUUUAUCAUGGCAGCUGCCAUUCUUGCCCCAAUAAAUCAACACUACUAUUACGUAUUCGAUCCAUUUGGAAAUACAACGAGUCCUCCCGAUAUUCCAGAUUACUCAAAGUUGGAGGGUUGGCAUGGUGGAUGGGACGGGGCUUUGACUUUAGAAGUACCAAAAGACUCUGACGACAAACUACCUGAUACCAACUAUCUCUGGUCAUACCUUGUCUUCACCUACGUUUUCACUGGACUCGCAAUAUUUUUCAUGAAUAGACAAACCCACCGCGUAAUAAGGGUUCGCCAGGACUACCUGGGAAGCCAAUCCACAAUUACCGACCGAACAAUCAAACUUUCUGGAAUACCGGAGGAUUUGAGGUCUGAAGGAAAGAUCACAGAAUUCUUAGAGAAACUUCAGAUAGGGAAAGUGGAGAGUGUGACUUUAUGUCGCAAUUGGAAAAAACUUGAUGAUAUGAUGGACAAGAGAGUGCAAGUCGUAAGGAGGCUUGAAGAGGCAUGGACUGUACACCUUGGUCAACAACAACGUCCGAGUGUAGGACCAAUACGUACACAACACUCGGCACCUGAUGCGAAUGCUGAGGAUGGAUCGCUAAGUCAUGAGGGUGAUAAUCUGUUAGGAAGCGAUCACAUUACCUCGUACGAUCAGCCAAGACCGACUACGCGAAUCUGGUACGGCUUUCUUAAUUUUCAAAGCAGGAAAGUAGAUGCAAUCGACCACUACGAAGAACAGCUGCGAAGGCUAGAUGAUAUGAUCAAUGAUGCAAGAAAAAAGGAGUACAACCCUACAGCACUUGCAUUUGUCACCAUGGACUCCAUUCCCGCUUGUCAAAUGGCGGUGCAAGCUCUCCUGGACCCAACGCCAAUGCAGCUGAUGGCAAGGCCAGCUCCUGCACCAUCAGAUAUCGUUUGGACAAAUACUUAUCUACCUAGAUCAAACCGUAUGAUUCGUUCUUGGGCGAUCACUAUCUUCAUUCUUAUACUCACCAUCUUUUGGCUUAUUCCAGUGGCUGCCCUAGCUGGUCUUGUCAGUUUAUGCUCGAUUCGACAGGUUUGGCCGGGUCUUGCGGAUGUUUUGGAAAGCCACGAUAUACUCAAGGCUUUGGUUCAGACUGGCUUACCUACACUUGUUGUCUCAUUACUCAAUUUGGCAAUUCCAUUCUUGUAUGAUUACCUUGCAAAUAGGCAAGGAUCAAUCUCACAAGGCGAAGUGGAGCUUUCCGUCAUAUCCAAAAAUUUCUACUUUACAUUUUUCAAUGUGUUCCUCGUUUUCACGGUUUUUGGCGCGGCGAGUAAGUUCUGGCCAGUCUUACAGGAAACAUUGAAGGACACAACGAAGAUUGCAUAUACGCUAGCCCAGUCAAUCUCUGAUCUCUCCAUGUUUUAUACCAACUUCAUUUUGCUACAAGCUCUUGGUCUUCUACCUUUCAGGCUGCUGGAAUUCGGGAGUGUGUCUUUAUACCCUAUCACACUUAUGGGUGCCAAGACUCCUAGAGAUUAUGCUGAGCUGGUACAGCCACCUAUUUUUAGUUACGGGUUUUAUCUUCCUUCGGCACUUCUAAUCUACAUUCUAUGCAUGGUCUAUAGUAUACAGCCAGCAGGAUAUCUAGUUCUAUUAUUUGGAAUGGCGUACUUUGCUCUCGGUUAUUACACAUACAAGUAUCAGCUUUUAUAUGCCAUGGACCAUCCACAACAUGCUACUGGAGGUGCUUGGCCUAUGAUAGUUUAUCGUCUUCUUGUUGGCUUAGGCUUCUUCCAACUGACUAUGGCCGGAGUGAUUGCUUUGAGGAAAGCCUUCACUCCAGCCAUACUUGUUGUUCCUCUCAUACCAUUUACAAUCUGGUACAGCUACUACUUCCGUCGAACAUUCCAGCCAUUCAUUAAGUUCAUCGCUUUGAGAAGUAUUAGAAGAGAUAGCGAUCCAGACAUAAAUAUUGCUGGCGAAAAUAUUGGCAUCGACAGACCUCCGGGACACAUUCAGAGGAGAGGCAGCACAGUUGAUGAAGCAAGGGAAAAAGGGAUGAGAUAUAUAAACCCAAGUCUCGUUGUACCAUUAGAAAAGAUCUGGAUCAACAAGGACCCAGAUAGCGAGCCGAAUGGUAGCACUCCACAAUUAAAUCGUGAAGAAUCUGCCGCAAGUUCGCUGAGUCUUGGCGAUACCCACAUUUGGAGAGAGGUUGGCGAUGAAAAUCCGGGGGCUGUCGACACGACGUCUUCCCAGAUUCUCUUAUCAAGAGCGAUCGCAGAUCACAGUUCAACAUCUUGUCCGCCAGUUGUUAGAAAAAUAUACUCUUCGAUUGCUGUCACAUCUCUUUACGAAUCCCCGACAAGACAUAUCAUGACCGUUGGAGACGCAGCCAGCACAUCGAAAGAUGUAGGAUUGGAUGGUGAGAGAAUGGAGCAAUGUAAUGAUUCUCCGAGCAGGCGGCGCUCAUCGGCUUUAGGAGUGAAUGAAGCCUCCGUGUCCCAUAGCUUAUCAGAUUUAAUCACUUCAGUUGAUGAUACAAUUGUCGAUCCUCAGUUUCCGUACAACCCGUGGGAGCUUUCACAACUCGAUGCUGUCCCACAAAACCAGGAGAAACGUGAUAAAGGAAAAGGAGUCGAACGUGGAAGAAAAUUAGAAAGAGUCCCAAGAUACUGCAAUCCUCUUGAAAAGGCUGAAUCUCGACUUGGAAGAAACAAAACAACCAUCGAGGUGGAUGGCCGGCCCAUACGUAGGCGCGAUCGAAGUCAUACUCUUCAUGAUGACCCCGAUGAUCCUGCUGCAAUAUUGGAUGACCAGGUAUUAGAGCCAUUAAGAGGGAUAUCUCAGCAGGAUAGCUUUUCGGAGGUACUUAGCGGACAUACGUCUCCAAGCAGUUUGAAUGGCUCCCUUGAGGCGAAAGAAUUAAAGAGUCGACUUCGAUCUAGGACUUCUGGAGGAAGUUCUAUAAGCUCCACUAUAUCUCCAAUCGAACCACUCACACGGACAGUUACAAAACUUUACAGCGCAUCCUCUCCUGUUUCUCCUGAACCAACUUUACCAGUUGAAUCAUAUUCUAAUCGUCUACCUAGUAUUGUUCGAUUAGAAGAAUCUGCUCGUCAAUCAACAUCAUUCACGUUCUCGAAAUUACCAACAGAAAUCAUUCAACAAGUAUACAAUUACCUCACACCGGCUGAUUUCAAUUCAGCCAGACAUACAUGCCGAGCAUGGCUUCUUACUAGUAUGGAUCGCUCCCUUCUUGAAAACAUGAUCCGGCGUGGAGGUUGGGUGACUAGUUGUCAACAGGAAAUCUCCGAUAGAAAAAGCUCGACUUUUCGACGUAGCUCCGAAUACGAAUGGUUCAUGAGCAAAAGAAUCUCAAGGGAAUGUGCUCUUGGUCCAGAUUGGACGGGAUCUGGAGUACCGGUAAGCCCGGAUCACUUUCCACUAGAAUCAAAGGAUUCACCUUUUUUGCAAGCUUCGACUGUGGAUUUCACAGAAGUCGCGGUCCAAUACAAGGAAACGACUCCUGCUGGAACCAUUUUCACGGUGAGUAGUUGUGGGAAGUUUUUGAUGGCUGCGAAUGGGUGUCUAGUCUAUAUAUACGAACUAAACAAAAGCCACCGCGAUGUGGAUAAUUGGUAUGAAGUUCAAGCUGGUUCUUUGCGUCCAGUCACUAGUAUCAUAUGUCCACACAGAGUAUUAGCAUGCAGUAUGGAUACUUCUUCACAUAGAUAUGCAAUUGCUGUUUUGCUUGAUGGGCGCAUGGGUCUUGUAUGUGAUAUUUCUCUCAGCAAUAUUGCUCCCCCUGUUUCUUCGAAUCCCGAGACUUCGGAUCUUUCCUCGCCUCAUUCAAGUCGGUCAGAUCUUUCACUCUCUCCAGCAAACGAUUUUCACCAUGGUGUCUCAUUUCUCGAUCGCGUUAGCUUGGAUAGUUCGGCUCCUGUACAAAGGGCUGGAAGAUCUACAACGUCUUUUGUUUUCCCCGGAAUAGCUACAACUCGUAGUGAUGGUACUUCUUCAGGGAUCGCACAACGAUCAGAAUACCACGAAGGGCUUCGGUCAGCUAGUGCCGUGAGAGAUUCAUAUCCUCGAGAAGGAAAUAGCCCCCACUCUGUUGGAGCAGGAAGUCGAUUGCGAAGCAAGCUACCAGCUCGUAGAGUCUCAAACGCGGAUGCGAGAGAAAUGCCAGUAGAAACUGGCCCACGUUCAAUAUAUCGAAAUCUUUGUUCUGAGGAAGAUCCUCCACGCUCUGUGGCAAUUUGUCCUCAACGAAGAUGUGUGGCUUUUGGGUGCUCGGCUGGUAUUGAAUUGCACUGGGUUGACGCUUUGACCGGACAGGAUCUGAAUAGAUGGUUUCCACUUACUGCUCCAAGUGAUUUCUUGUUCUUUUUGCCUCCACGAAAAAGUAUAGACUCGGCGAAGAAGCUGAGGCUUAUUAGUAGUGCGGCUAGACCCAGUGAAUGUACAGCGGUACACGAAAGAUCAUAUGGAAGAAGACCACGAGGUGCUUCAUUUUGGCAAAGAAUUGGGUGGAGCGGAAGCCACGGGGACAAUAGCGAGGAAAUAGAACAUACUCAGCAGGUACUAACACCAGUGGGAAGAUUCCGUAGUGAUUCUGGUCGAAGGGUUGAUCAUUCAGAUCACUAUCGCGCCAUACCACUAAGUGAUGGAUAUCAUAUUUUGUUUACAGAUCCAAGUACAGGAGCACUUUGUUUAGGCAGCGAUGCCCCCGUCGGAGGACCUACCAAAUUACUUCGAAAAGUUUGGUUUCAGGGACCAGAAGGCAAAGGUAGUCCAACGGUUUAUGCUGGAGGCUCUGAUCUGAGCUGGGGAGUAAGAGUCGUGGCAGCGUUUGGAAGUUGGGCAGAACAGAGCAUCUGGAUGUUUUCCGUUCCCGGAGAUGUGUUUCAUAGUUCUCAGAAUGUUUUGGAGAGCUCUGUAACGCAUAAAAGAAAUACUCCCAAAAAUUCUAAAAAUAUGCAAUGGCUGGACUGGUGGCCUGAUGAGGGACUUCAAGAAUGGCUCAAUCUUAUUCGACAUCCAGUGCCUGGUAUUCUUGCGGGAAAUAUGUGGCCAGUUAGGAUAAGAGGUCAGAGAAUUGGUACAUGCUCUGGAAUAGUCGAUCUUGCGAUUGAUUCAACCAAUGGUAUCACAGUUUGGGCUUUUAGUACUGAUGGAAUUGCCAAAGUCUGGCAUUUGGACGAUGGCAAGCAUAGAGACUUCGCAAAGUUAAGUGUGUCUAGAGAUGGUACCAUUCGCGAAAAUGUCCCGGACGAUUAUGCCAACGGUGAAAUGAACAGCGAUUUUCUCUCAUCAGAAAUCCUUCAACAUCGGUCACCUCUCGAACAACAAUCUUUCGAUGGAGCAAUGUCGCCAGAUUUAGAUGGUAAAAUAUCUCCCGAUAUAUCAACAAUCAUCACAGCACGAAGAGGCUCGGGCUGGAGCUAUCAAAGUGUUAAUUAUGAUGAAGAUGGUGAUGUGGUCAUGGAAGAUGUUUAUGGUCCGGGUGUCGACAUGCCGGCAGCUUGGUCGAAGCCAGAGAGAGAAUAUGAUGAGGAUGAACCGUUACAAAAUCAACAGUACCAAUAUUUACAGUCGCGCUGGCCGAGAUCAUCGAUAGGGUAUAGACGGUGGUUGGAGAGGGCUGUGGCGAGUGGGGAUUUGGCGAGAGUGGUGGAGGCGAGGGGUGUAUCGAGGAUUGAAAUUGAAAUUCGUUGA